CUCCCUCCCUCUCUCUCUCUCUCUCUCUCUCUCUCUCUCUCUGCUUCUGUGUGAUGCUGUGCGGAGCCUAACACGGACACGUUCCCCUCUUCUCUCUCAUGCACAUGCACACACCACACACACCAAAUUUCAAUUUCAAUUCACUCGUUAUAAUUCUUCUACAAUCCCUAAUUUCCCCAAACCCCUCCAUAAACCCCACCAAUUGAAUCAACAAAAUGAGGAUCCCGACAAGAAUUGCAAUCACUCUCACACACUCUGCUAGCGCUGCUUCCAAUCAUAAUCGCAGCUGCUACUCCACUUGCCGCGCCGUUCUUGUUCCCUCAUUCGGCGGUCCCGAGGUUCUGCAACUGCACCCCAACGUCCAAGUCCCUCCCUUGAAGCCCAACGAAGUUCUCGUUCGCUCUCGCGCCGUUUCCAUCAACCCCUUGGACACUCGCAUGCGUUCUGGCUAUGGGCGUUCCCUUUUUGAGCCGCUCUUGCCUAUCAUCUUGGGCCGCGACGUCAGCGGCGAGGUUGCAGCCGUUGGAGCUUCGGUGAGGUCGGUGAGCAUCGGACAGGAGGUUUUUGGGGCUUUGCAUCCAACUGCUGUGAGGGGUACUUAUACUGAUUAUGCUAUUCUACCUGAAGAUGAGAUUACUCCAAAGCCUAGUUCACUUUCGCAUGUGGAAGCAAGUGCAAUACCUUUUGCUGCACUAACGGCUUGGCGUGCUCUAAAAAGUACUGCCAGAAUAACUGAAGGACAAAGGAUAUUAGUAGUGGGAGGUGGAGGAGCAGUAGGUUUUGCUGCAAUUCAGAUUGCAGUAGCUACUGGUUGUCAUGUUGCAACCACUUGUGGAGGUCAAAGCAUUGAGCGACUAUUAGCAGCUGGUGCUGAGCAGGCUGUUGACUAUAUUACUGAGGAUGUGGAAGUAGCUAUAAAGGGGAAGUUCGAUGCUGUUUUGGACACGAUUGGUGUGCCAGAGACAGAAAGGAUGGGCAUUAAUUUUCUGAAGCAAGGUGGGCACUACAUGACACUUCAGGGUGAGGCAGCAUCUUUGGCUGAUCGGUUUGGACUGGCAGUUGGGCUUCCUGCAGCUAAAGUUGCCGAGUUACAAAAACAGAUUCGAUACCGAUACUCUCAUGGAAUAGAUUACUCAUGGACAUACAUGAGGGCUGACAUAGAAGGUCUAAUUGAGAUUCGAAAGCUAUGUGAAGCUGGAAAGUUGAAGAUACCUGUUGAUAAAACAUAUCCCAUAACACAAGUAAGGGAGGCUCAUGAGGCAAAAGACAAGAAGUUGAUUCCAGGUAAAGUGGUGCUGGAACUUGAUUAACAUUCUCAACCUAUCGGGAGUUUACUUAAACCAGAUUUUUUCCUUCAAUAGAUUGUUCAACAUAAUUGAGAAUUGGAUAG